AUGGCUCGUAUUGUAGCAGCUAACGAUACGCCACCGUAUCACUCCACGGAGCUCAACUCCAUCUCCUCUGUUUCCGAUUCAACUUUUGGACAACUUCUGAAGAACGUAAGUGAUGUCAGGAAAAUGGCCAUCGGAGACGAGACUCCGGUUCACGAAUCCUUAAACCAGGACUACGACAAUCACAUGCGUACUGUUCCCUUCGUUCUCACAUUCGACAAUCUCACUUACAACGUCUCUGUUCGCCGGAAACUCGAGUUCCGCAAUCUCAUUCCACGGCGGAAAACAGAGGAUCUUGAGCUUGCUCUAACCGGAGGGCCUAAGACUAAAACCCUUCUCAAUAACAUCUCCGGCGAGACUCGAGAUGGAGAAAUUAUGGCUGUUCUUGGAGCUAGCGGUUCGGGAAAAUCGACUCUGAUCGAUGCAUUAGCGAAUCGGAUUGCUAAAGGAAGCUUGAAAGGAACGGUAAACCUAAACGGAGAAACUCUUCAAUCUCGUAUGCUCAAAGUUAUAUCAGCUUACGUGAUGCAAGAUGAUCUUCUCUUUCCAAUGCUUACCGUCGAAGAAACCCUAAUGUUCGCUGCCGAUUUUCGCUUACCGAGAAGUUUACCUAAAUCAAAGAAGAAGCUUCGUGUUCAAGCUUUGAUUGAUCAAUUAGGUAUCAGGAACGCAGCUAAAACGAUCAUCGGAGACGAAGGUCACCGUGGAAUCUCCGGUGGUGAAAGAAGACGUGUUUCGAUUGGAAUCGAUAUAAUCCACGACCCGAUUCUUCUCUUCCUCGACGAACCAACCUCUGGUUUGGACUCCACUAGUGCUUUCAUGGUGGUUAAAGUGUUGAAGAGGAUUGCUCAGAGUGGCAGUAUCGUGAUUAUGUCGAUUCAUCAACCAAGUCACAGAGUAAUCGGUUUGCUUGACCGUUUAAUCUUCUUGUCUCGAGGCCACACUGUAUACAGUGGAUCUCCGGCGAGUCUCCCGCGUUUCUUCUCCGAGUUCGGUAGUCCGAUACCGGAGAACGAGAACAGAACAGAGUUUGCCCUAGAUCUCAUCCGUGAGCUUGAAGGAUCCGCUGGAGGAACUAGAGGAUUAAUCGAAUUCAACAAAAAGUGGCAAGAAAUGAAGAAACAGAGCAAUCAUCAACAAUCACUGACUCCUCCUGCAUCACCGUACCCAAAUCUAACCCUAAAAGAAGCAAUCGCCGCAAGUAUAAGCAGAGGAAAGCUAGUCUCCGGCGGAGAAUCCGCCGUUAUACCACACGGCGGAGGAAAUACAACAACAACCCUAGCUGUCCCUGCAUUCGCAAACCCGUUCUGGAUCGAAAUCAAGACUCUCUCGCAACGAUCAAUGCUCAACUCUCGAAGACAACCAGAGCUAUUCGGAAUCAAAUUCGCCUCCGUGGUAAUCACCGGAUUCAUCUUAGCCACCGUCUUCUGGCGAUUAGACAAUUCGCCGAAAGGAGUCCAAGAGCGAUUAGGGUUCUUCGCAUUCGCCAUGUCUACAAUGUUCUACACUUGCGCUGAAGCACUUCCCGUCUUCCUUCAAGAACGUUACAUUUUCAUGAGAGAAACUGCUUACAACGCUUACCGGAGAUCGUCCUACGUGCUCUCUCACGCCAUUGUCUCCUUCCCUUCGCUCAUCUUCCUCUCUAUAGCUUUCGCAGCGACAACGUUUUGGGCAGUGGGAUUAGACGGAGGACCAAUGGGAUUUUUGUUCUACUGUCUGAUCAUCUUAGCCUCGUUUUGGUCAGGUAGCUCCUUCGUCACGUUUCUAUCAGGAAUUGUUCCAAAUGUGUUGAUAGGUUACACAAUCACCGUCGCCAUUUUAGCGUACUUCUUGCUGUUUAGUGGAUUCUUCAUCAACAGAAACCGAAUCCCCGAUUACUGGAUUUGGUUUCAUUACCUGUCUCUUGUGAAAUACCCGUUCGAGGCGGUUUUACAGAACGAGUUUUCUGAUGCUACCAAGUGUUUUGUAAGAGGUGUUCAGAUUUUCGAUAACACGCCUUUAGGGGAGUUACCGGAAGGGAUGAAACUGAAGCUGCUCGAUACAGUGAGUAAGUCGCUCGGGAUGACGAUAUCGAGCUCGACGUGUUUGACCACUGGUUCGGAUAUUCUGACGCAUCAAGGUGUGACUCAGCUGAGUAAGUGGCAUUGCUUGCUUAUCACGAUAGCUUCCGGGUUCUUUUUUAGGGUUUUGUUUUACUUCUGUUUGUUGCUUGGAAGCAAGAACAAGAGGAGGUGA